AUGCCGGACUGAAAAGUCGGAAUUCUUUAUAAACUAAGGUUGAUUUUGCUUUGGUUAUUGAUUAAUUAAUUUGUGUAUUAUUUACUGACGUCUAUGUCACGUGUCUUAUUUGUGUAUGCCUGCACACCUCUGUUACAUUUCACACAUUACUUUGUUAUAUCGCAUAUUUUUUAUUUUAUUGUAGUAUAGUUGUACUGAACACUUUACGAUGGUGUUGCAGUCCCUAGAUGUGCUGGAUCAAGGUGCUUUGAAACACCUUGACUCUGAUUCAUUCACUAUGGAGAUUGUUCACAGCGAGCAGUCAAACACAUCGGAUUCAUCUGGUGUUUCUAAUGGUAAUAUGCCACUUAUUAUGACAUUGAAGUCUUUUGGCGAUGAGUACAAGACUCAUCUGUUGGACAAUGGCAGUGCAGCUGCUGGUAGUUCCAAGACAUCAUUUAUGCGUUGGCAUUCUCAGGGUAACCUCUUGAUGGAGAUGAAGCGUGAAGAUGCGCGUAUGCGUCGUGAAGCUAAGCAUGUUGUUGACAGUUCUUCUCGCACUGAUUCCGUUGAGGGUGACUUUGUUCAGUCACGCUUAGGUGACAAUGUUGACAUUGAUACUGAUGAGGGUUCUACAAAUAUUCAUUCUUUAUUUUUCACAUCACACUCUCACUCCCAACCUGUGAACAAUGCAGUGGUUAGUUUUUUGCUGAAGACAUUCCGUGAUAUGGAUGACUCUAAGCUUAUAUCAGCUCCCUUUGAGUUAACAUCUGAUAUUGAUUCAUUCCGUUCUCGUAUUUUUGACGUGAUGAAUAAGGAGUGUAGCAGUUGCAUCUUGUCAGAGGCUUUGAUAACUGUUGCUUUUAAUCAGUAUGCUGGUAUGUCCCAUCCUGGUUACAUGACCCUUGAUGAAUAUCUUGCUAUGAUGGAUGUAUAUCAGGGUGUCUUUGGUAAUGAAACCAUGACUCGUUUUGUAUUUGAUUCUAUGGAUCGCCGGCGUAAAUUAAUGAUUACAUUGAAUGAUUUCAUUGCUGGUAUGAUGGCCUGUUCACCUCAGGCUUUACACAAGGUUACCAGUCCAUCUGGUCGUUUGCGUCUUCAGCAUAUAUUCCGUGCAUAUGACAUCAAGCGUAAGGGAUAUCUAAGUCGUGAGACUUUAAGUGUCAUGUUAUCUCAUAUUCAACAGUUGGAACGCAUGACUCGUGGUGUAAAGGAGGAACCUUUGGUGAAUAUUACCCGUUCUUUGAGUACCAUGUGUUCAGCAGAUACAUUGACGGAGCUUGAUGAGCCUGAAGACGGGCGUACAUUGGAUGAAUUACUUGAUUUGAUAAUGUCUACUUAUGAGAAUGGUUUUGGAUAUGAUGCAUUCUACUCGUGUGUUGAGAAUGGCCUUAUCAAGGGUACUAAUUUUUUGUUACGCUCUGACAAGGACUUUGCUGAUAUGGUUGGUCAGCACUUGAUCCAUGCUCUUGGUCAUGUUGUUUUACCAUCCCCUAUUGUAGUACCAUCUGAGAAGUUGGCUAUAUCCAGUGGCCCUGCGUUAUUGCCUAAUGCUUCUGGAAACACAUCCCCAAUUGUCAAUCGUUCAUCUACUCAGCCGACUGAGGGUUUACGCAAGCCAUCGUUGUGGUCCACUGCUAAUUCUCCUAGGUCUCCGGAAGCUCAUCAGGUACCUAAUCGUUACGUUCCUCGGUUUACUAAUGACGAUUACUUUAAUGGUCCUAAGGACAACAGAACUAAUUCUCCACUUGUGGUGGAGUCUCACCACCCUAAAUCUGCUAGGGAACAAAGCCAACUAUCCGGCUUGGGUUCUGUUUUGAAACCAUUGUUCAAUGACGGUUCCAAGGCCAAAUCUAUGGAGUGCGUACCUCGUCAUGCUGGAUUGCAACCUGCAUUUCAAGGUCUUUCACCCAAUCGUAUGAAAGGAUUAUACUUAUCAAGCGAGUCGAAUUACCAACAUCGUGUUGAUAAACCAUUUGCUUCCGGUGAAAGCAUGGACAAUGCUCAAUGGUGGUCUAACUCACUAGAAGAUAAUAUGGCAUCAUAUUCGUACCGAAGUGAUUACGGUCGAUUGAAACAGUAUGAGAGUGACGCCAAGGUUAUGGGUCUUCAUGACGAUGAUCAAGGCUAUUCGCACGAUAGUAACAGGGACAACGUACAUAGCAACGACUAUCCUGUUGGAUGGAAUGGAAUUCCCAAGAGGGCUGUUAAUGAGGGUCGUUUAGGUAUUAGCAGUGGCUCGGAUAGUACGAACAGUUGCGGUGUUCGUACCGGUAGAUUUGGCAUUUCAGGUUUUAUGGGUUCAUUAGACCAGGAUGUUGAGGUACCUGAAUUGGCUCUACCAUCCAUUGAAGCUGUGGAGGAGGUUAGUAGUGUAAAGGAUGAAGUACCACUUACAUCAACUUCACAUGAGGUUAUCUGUUGCACUGGCGACAGUGCCAUGGAACCCAGUUCUGCUAUCAUCCAAACAUCCACCACUAGUGUAACAAAGACUGAAUUUGACAUUGCAGGCCUUUUGGGCGAAUCUAUGGACCCUGAUCUUGAUGCCAUAUUGAGGCGUCGCAUUGUAGAGCUUUGUCGCCGCUACCGUGCUCGGUUCGUCGGUUUCAACAGCACUAUGCUUUCUGAUUAUGCAGUUGCUUUGAAGGUUUUUGGUUCUGUUUAUAGGUGUGCUUUUAAAUCUCCCGACUACACCCCAAUUUUCAGAAGGUUCAAUUGGUGUUCUUAUAACGAGCUUGUGGAGUUGUGUGACGUCAUGUGCCAUAUUGUAAGGAAGGAGGGCGCUUUAGUUCGUCUGCAGGGCACCACUCAGCUUCACGGUCCAUUGAACGGUGAUGUAUAUACCCUAUUAGAUACGUUCAACUCAUUGGGCUGGCCUCUUCAUGGUGAUACUUGUGACAUGAUUACCAACAAGUUGGCUGAUGCGGGUAUGUAUGCUAAGGGCGAGGCCACAAAGUUGGUAUUUUUGGGUAACAUGAUAGGUGAUGUUGAAGGUUUCUCGAUGGAAACUUUAUUGGUUCUCUUUUCGCUUAAGAUAUUAUUCCCAUAUCAUGUGUUUUUGCUCAGGGGCUCUCGCGAGUCUACUCAUCGUAAUUACAGCUCGGCAUUAUUCCGUGAGUUAUAUUCUAAGCUGCGUACCAAUGCGGUUGCUUUGAAACUAGGUGACGACGAUGCUCUACUGGUGCAGAGUGCUCAUGAGCUUUACCAUCGUAUAUGUGAUGUUUUUGAGAAUCUACCGCUCUCCGCCUGUAUAUCGGAUCGGGUAUUAUGUUUACAUGGGUCUUUAUCACCUUCAUUUUCUUCAUUGAACAGCUUAGCUACUAUUCCCAAGCCUCUUGUGUUAUCAUCUUCUAGGGAUGACAUUGGUUAUUGCAGUAAUAUUCAUGCUCGUCACGCUUUACUUGGUACUUUAUCAUCCGAUGAUGAUGCAAAUCGUUUCCAUGUAGAGUUUAACAAGGCUGAUAUGAUAGCUUCUUUGGACCUUUCUGGUAUAUCUCUCCUGGUUACUACUGGGUGCACUGCUGAGUGUGGAUACUGUUAUAUGCAUGAUGAGCGUGUACUUCAGUUGGGCGGUUGUACCGCUGGCGGCGUAUAUUCUGCCGCAUUAUUAAAGGAGCAUCGUAAUCUCCAUUAUUUCAUCACCCAUCGUUCACUUCCCGUAGCGAUUAUGCAAUGAGCAAUAUAAACUUAGUUCGCACAUUUAUGC